UCAUCUGAGCAGACAAUCUGAGAGACUCAGACCCAAAUUCGAAUGUGUUAGUAGAGGGAGAAAAGAAGCAAAGAAAAUUUCUUCGCUAAUUACUUUUUCGCCUCCCCACUCCCCCUUCUUCUCUCUUCUUGUCUGCCGCAGCAAUGUUGCCUAGUACGGGUUACAGUAACGGCUCCCUGGUUCCCGGUUCUUCAGAGAAGCGACAUGGGCUGAGUCAAAGAGAACAACGGUUCCGUAGAGGUGGUCGAAGCUCGAGAGAUACAAGAGGUGGAAAUGGGUUUAGGGUUUCUGAGCAGGAGAAACCUCGUUGUACGGAGUUCGAUAUGGCCUAUUUUCAGUCAUACUCCCAUGUAGGAAUUCAUGAAGAGAUGAUCAAGGAUCGUGUGCGGACUGACACUUAUAGGAAUGCUAUUUUUCAGCAUCAAAGUUCUAUUGCAGGCAAAGUUGUAGUGGAUGUUGGUUGUGGCACAGGCAUUCUAUCAAUAUUUUGUGCGCUUGCUGGUGCAAAACGGGCGGAGAUGAAGAUUGCCAUUUUUAUUUGCUCAAGCCAUCAGUUGAAGGUUUAUGCAGUGGAUGCAAGUGAGAUUGCAGUUCAGGCAAAUGAAGUUGUGAAAGCGAAUAACUUGUCUGACAAGAUUAUUGUUUUACUAGGACGUGUUGAGGAUGUUGAAAUUGAGGAGGAGGUUGAUGUUAUAAUUUCAGAGUGGAUGGGCUACAUGCUCUUGUAUGAGAGCAUGCUUGGGAGUGUAAUUACAGCCAGGGAUCGUUGGUUGAAACCUGGAGGACUUAUUCUUCCUUCUCAUGCUACGUUGUACAUGGCACCUGUUACGCAUUCUGAAAGAUAUAGUGAAAGCAUUGAUUUCUGGCGCAAUGUUUAUGGGAUUGAUAUGUCUGCUAUGGUGCCUCUUGCAAAACAGUGUGCAUUUGAGGAGCCAUCUGUGGAGACAAUAUCGGGUGAGAAUGUUUUGACGUGGCCAUUUGUGGUUAAGCAUGUGGAUUGCUAUACAGUCACAAUUCAGGAACUUGAGUCUAUUACAGCAAGAUAUAGAUUUACAUCAAUGAUGAAUGCUCCCCUUCACGGGUUUGCAUUCUGGUUUGAUGUUGAAUUCAGUGGUCCUGCAAUUUUCCCUUCCAAUAACCAUGUCCAAUCUCCACAGUUCACAUCUUCUGACAUAAACCCAUCAGAUAGUCAGAGGGAAAAACGACAAAAACCUAAUGAAGCACUUGUGCUGUCAACUGCUCCUGAGGACCUUCCAACACAUUGGCAACAGACAUUGCUCUACUUUUAUGACCCGAUAGAGGUGAAGCAGGACCAAGUAAUUGAAGGCUCCAUAACACUGUCACAGAGCAAAGAAAACUCACGAUUCUUGAAUAUUCACCUUGAAUAUGCUUCUGGAGGUAGAUCUUUUGUGAAAGAGUCAGUUAUGCGGUGAUCCUACUGAAGGUUCCUUGUCAUUAUUUCCCCACGGCAUCCUCUGAAGUAAAGCCGGCUUGAUCUUUCAUGGCAUGACUGGUGUACACUGUGUUGGAUUUCUUGCUCACAACCAGAUUCCCGGAGAGCAGUUUUCGAGGCUCACCAUUGGGUUUCAGCUUUUCUGCACCUUACAUGUCUUCAUAGUGGAGCUCUUAACCCACCUUUCACUGUUAUAGAUAUCAGCUAACCACGCACUACCACGGGUUUGAAGGGAAUGAAGAAUUCAUGGUUUUUUUGUUUUUUUUUUAUUCAUAUUUUAUUAAGGGAGAGGGUUUCCCAGGAUGCCCGUGUACUACAUGUCCGGGAAGCCCGGGUUAUGAAUGGUAGAAUAGGGGGAGGGGGUUCAGGAGAGAGUGGGUGGGACUCCUACCCGUUUGUGUCUUGGUCUGCCAAGGAAUGCACAUGCAGAGCUGUGCGGAUCCUCGCCCUUCCCUUCUUUCAAUUUGGUGCUAUAGUGAUGGUAAACCCUUGUAUCCAUCUUCCAUACAACAUGUCCCCAAUGAUCUUGAUGUAUUAUGAUUUAACCUUGUUUUCAGAGAAUUUUGACCAAAAAAGAUUCAGAUUAAAGUUACUAGAGAUAUUUCUAUCAAUUAUGCAUAUAUUUUUUUUUAA